AUGCAUAUUGCAAAUUACUUUUUUGAAGAAAUUGAAGAUAAAUACUUAUUUUACGCUGAAAUGAAUAGCCGCGUUCCCUUUCUUGCAAUAGCGUGUGAAUGUUGUGGUGACAAAGAUUUUUCUUCGCAUCUAUCGAACAAUACUUCAAAAAUGUUUUCGGUAGCCUCGGACGUCUACAUUUAUUUAUUCAUUAACGCAUUUGAUUUUUGCUGGCAAAAUUUUAUACAUAUAUAUAUAUAUAUAUGUUUUUAUAUAUACUGGGAAAGAUAUGAAUUAAGUUAUGAUGAAUUUUACGUGAUAUAUUUUGUGAACUCGCCCGUAUUUUAUUUUGUUGGAAUGUAUUUGCAAAGGCAGGUUAAGUGUAUUAGUGAAAUAUUACAAACAGAUUUGCCUAAUUCUAUCCGUGGAAUAAAAAUAUCAGCAAAAUUUUACUUAUACAUAUUUAUAUGA